GCCAAAGCGAAUAUAUAAAGCAAGUGCACACAACAUCAGAUAGCAAACAUAAAACACAGGGCGGUAUUUACGAAUUUUCCAAAGAUGAUAUGGCUGGCAAGGUAUUGAAAUCACAAGAUUAUGAAGAAAUUAUAGCACAAGCACCUACUCCCCCAAACGAUGAUCCCUUUUAUGAAGAUUUAAAAGAAACAGCUGCUAAAACAAUUCAAGAAGCUUACCGCCAAUUUAAACAGAAAAACAUGUUAAAACCUGUCGAAAAUAUUAGUAAACUUAAAGGAGAAACUGAAAUUUCUAACAAUGGAUCCAAUACAGAAAAGCUAAAUAAUAAAAAUGACGAGAAUUUAACAUCUUUUGAGGACGAUGAAUCCAAAGAAAAAGAUGUAAAAGCAACAAAUUCUGAACAAGAAUUUGAAAACACCGAAAAUUUAACAUGUCAUGAUGAUAUUAAUAAUUUUGAAUGCAAACAAUUGGAAAAAUACAUUAAUAACACAACAAUUUCAAAUCUUAAUGAAGACGAUAAAAAUGAUUCAAAUAAAUCUACAGAAAUUGAUAUAGCAUCUGCUACCAAAAAAUCUAUGAAAGGAUUGAAUGGUGAAGUGUUCCCUAAUAAUUCUAACACAGAAAGUUCAAAAAAUACUAAAGAUAUUACUACUAUAGAUCUUGAAUUCGAUGAAAAUGAUAAAAGUCAGAAACUUGUUAAAAAUGAAACUUCCACAGAAAACCUAACAGAAGUAUUUAGCAAUAAAGUGGCUACCAGUAGUAGAGAUAGGCCAAGUUCAAAUAAUAUUGGAGAUAGUAAUAUCGAUAAAGAUCUGGCAAUCAAUGAAUAUGAUGUCAACGAUGUAAAUUCAAAUAAUUUGGCAAAUCAAACUAUGAAAAUUGAUCCUAAAUCACCUGUAGAGGUUUUAGGAUAUAGUAAUAUCGAUAAAGACGUGGCAAUCAAUGAAUAUGAUGUCAACGAUGUAAAUUCAAACGAUUUGACAAAUCAAACUAUGAAAAUUGAUCUAAAAUCGCCUGUAGAAGAAUACGUGAAAGAACUCAAUAGUGAAAAUGCCAUCUCUAAUACAAACAUAGAAAGUUCAAAUAAUAUUAAGGAUACAAAUAUUAAUGUCACUAAUAGAGAUCCGACAAUCAGUGAAGAUAAUGAAAGUCAGAAUCUUGGUGGAAAUGAAUCUAUAAAGAACUUUAAUGUUACUUCUACAGAAAACCUUAAAGAAAAUCUUUACAGUGAAGUGUCCAGUGCAGACAAAAAAAAUACUAAUAAUAUUAUUGAUGUGAAUAAAGAUGUUUCUGAUAAAGAUCUGCUAAAUUCUAUGACAAAUCAGCCUAUAGAAACUAAUAUAGAAUCUCUAGCAGAUAAACACAAGGAAGAAUUCAGUACUGAAGUGGCCGGCAAUUUUGUACUCAAGGAAACUUCAAACAAUAAUAUUAAGGAUACAAAUAGUAAUAUCACUAAUACAGAUCCGACAAUCAGUAAAUAUAACGAAAGUCAGAAUCUUGGAGUAAAUGAAUCUAUAAAGAAUUUUAAUGUUACUUCUACAGAAAACCUCAAAGAAAAUCUUUACAGUGAAGUGUCCAGUGCAGAUAAAAAAAGUACAAAUAAUAUUAUUGAUGUGAAUAAUGAUAAUCUGUUAAAUGCUAUGACAAAUCAGACUAUAGAAACUAAUAAAGAAUCUCUAGCAGAUAAACUCAAGGAAGAAUUCAGUACCGACGCGGCCGGCAGUCUUGUACUCAAAGAAUCUUCAAACAAUAAAGAUGCAAAUAUCGAUAUUACUAAUAAAGAUUUGACAUUCAGUAUAAAUGAUAAGAGUGAUAUAAAUUCAAAUGAUUUCAUAAACCAAACUAAAGAAAUGGAUAUAAAAUCGUCAGCAGAAAAAUUCAAGGAAAUUGCCACUAGCGGAUCAAAUAGAGAAAGUUCAAAUAAUAUUAAUGAUACAAUAAUAGAUGUUACUACUGAAGAUCUAACAUUUAAGGAAUAUGAUAAAAACGAUAUAAAAUUAAAUCAAUCAACAAAUCAAACAAAACAAAUUGAAUCAAGUAAAUCAGAGAAUAUGAGAGCAGAUUCUACUAACGAUGCUAAAUUAAUUUCACACAAUAGUGAAAAUAAAGCAAGUGAAAUGCCUAAUUCCAGUAAUAUUUCCAAAGAUAAUGAAAUCACUAAAUAUAGUUGCAAUAACAAAGAUGGAACUAGUUUUGUUAAUAAUAAUGACUUGAAAGAAUUAUUAACAGAGUGUGAUAAAACUGUACAUGAUGAUCUUCAUUCUGAUCAUAUUUAUUUUGAACCAACAGCUCCCGCAGAAGAAGAUAUUCAAUCAGUAGUGUCCAUAGACUCUCUGCAAUCAAAUGAAAUUCUGCAAGACCAAGCAGCAAGAAAAAUACAAAAUGCUGUCAAGAAUUUUAUUGAACGAAAAUCUAAAUUAAGUUCAAACUUAGGAACACCUAAAGAAUCAUUAAAAUCUAAUUGGUUUCUUGGUGAUGAACCAAUUAUAGCAAACGAAUCAUUGCCUAAAACAACAUCAGAAAUUUCUUUUGAAGAGACCGAAACUUAUGUGGAAUUAACUACAAAUCCACCACAAUAUUUAGUUGACUCAAGUAGUAAUUUGGAAGCCAUUGCAAACAACUUUAGUAGAAGCCCAACAGCACCAGUAACUAAUCGUAGUAGAAAUAGUGUAGACUUGGCAUAUGAUCAAUCAGAUAAUGUUUCUAAAGAUACAGUUUCAGUAAUAGGAAAAGAUGCUGGAGUAAUUGAGAAUACAAAUACAGAGCAUAGCCAAGUAAAUGCAAAUAAUUCAACAUACAGGAUUUCAUCAGAGGAUAAAGUUGAUGAAAAGCAAGCCAUUAAGUGUCCGAAUCUUAUAGAUCAAUUUCUCAACUCUGAACGUCAUUACUCUGAAGCAGUUAAUCAUCACAAUAAAGAUACUAUAUUUGCAUCUCCAGACAUUACGGAAAUGACAAAAAUCCUCUCGAACUUUACAGAUUCACAAAAGGAACAAUAUGAUUCUGUAAUCCCAUAUGAACGACUUGAAGAACCAUGCAUUAAAAAGUCGGCUCGUAUUAUAGGCGAUGACGUAAAAGAUGCCGUAAUAAUUGCAGAUACAGCUAUUAACACAGAUAACUCUUCUUCGUCGGAUAUUGAUGACACUGAAGAUAGUUUAAGUACAAAAACUGUUAAACUACAUAAACCAGAUGCGGCAAUUACAAAAAUGCAACAACGCAGAGAUUCUACUACGAAAAUAUCAAACUUGGAUAAACCUAAAGACUACAAUUUUGAUGAACCUUCUGUUGUACCCAUUGAUAAUUUAGACACAGACGAAGAAGGUAUCGUGGUCAAUAAGUUACAACGAGAAGAAACUCGCGAAAGCUCAGCGCAAAGCGACUUUGAUGUAAUAAUCGGUGGUGACAAAGAUGACAACUUUAGCUUUCUAGAUAGCAUUAAUAUCGAUGAAACUUUUCCAUCUAAAGGUUCACUCAAGCGGGUACAUACAAUAGCCGGUGAAGGCGAUUCAAAAUCUCUUUUGAAAAAUGUCACAAUUGAUGAAUCUAUCAAAUAUAUAGAACCACCGGAUUAUGAACUCAAUAGCGGCAGCUUAUGCUUAGACGAUGAUACAGCAGAAAAUAUUCGUCGUAAAAUGUUGGCCUACUCGUUCUCGGAGGCUGAUUCUGAUUGUGUUGACAAAUCCCCCAAUACUAACGAUGGCAAUAACUUUGAGUCGAAAUCUCAAAAAUAUGAUGACUUUAACGUUAGCACUGCUCUAGUUGAGAAUAUUGACAGUUCUACUGAAACUGAAUCCACCAUAGUGUCAGCAGUUACCAAAAUUCAAGCUGGUGCCAGAGGUUAUCUAACGCGAAAACGUCUGGGAAAAGCUAGCAUGGCCAGUGAUGGAAAAUCAAUAGCACAUGAUGACAUAAACAAGGCGUCAUUUGGAAACGCAGCAAUUAGUGAAUCCUUGGAAUAUUUAGUGCAAGAAGCAGCAGCUAAAAGAAUUCAAAAAGUCUUCAGACAACACUAUAGAAAAAAACUAGCAGAAGUUAAUCAAAAAGAGGAUGAUAGUUUCUCCCCAGAAUUUACUACAAGCUUAGAAAGCACUUUAGCUCAAAAAAGAUCUAUAAUGUUACAGAGAGGUGAUGCUCUUCGGAACGAUUCUACGCCAGAUGAAGGCAAUAGCAGUAGCAAUGGAAGUGGCAGCGAAAAUGGCAAACUUAAUGCAAAAAUCGAUAGUAAAUCACAAAACAAAAAUCUCUUUGUCAAUGAUGAAACUAAUAACUUUGAUAAGCAGCAUUUAGAGAAAAAUACUGGCGGCAAUGAUACUUUAAAAGCGACUUCAACAGCCAAAACGGCUGCGACAAUCCGCGCCAAGAAAAUUGAAGAAAAUAAAAUAAGAUGGCUUGCAAUGAGACAAAACUCUAUGCCCGUGCAAAUUGAUUCGGAAGUGUUGCGCGUCAUACCCAAAUACAUGAGAAAGAAAAUAAAAAGUGCAGAAGGUGAAAAGAAGAAAGAUAGACGUCAAGUGCUUAUGGAUUAGAGAGUAAAAUAAUUUCAAAUUUGCUUAUUUUAAAUAUAAUGGAAGUACAUACGUACAUACAAUAUGUAAUUCAUUUAAAUAAAAUUCAGUUUUAUGGCACAGUAAAAAACAUGUCUAAAAUAAAAAACCGCUAAUUUAUAAAUUUUAAAAAUGAUAUGAUAUUGGCAUAAAAUGUUUCACAUAUUUUAUUCUUUACUCCAUUUACAAAUUACAAGUGUAUCAUCUCAGUUAAAUCGAACAUCAAAAUCAAUUCAUUUAUUUAAGUGCUAAGUAGUAACUUUUUUUAUUUUUAAGAGAAUGUUUAAACAUUUUAAAAUUUUCUGAUAUUGAAUUAUAAAAAAUUUCGUUUGAUUUACUUUAUUUUUCUAAGUGUACUUUUAGCUGUGAGUGAAUCUGAACAGACGUAAUAAGUAGAACAUUCAAAAUUAUAUUAUAUUCAUUCAUUUAUUUGUGCUUACGUUUGUGUUCAAGAAAUUCAAAAUAUACUAGAUAGAAACAUAAAAAGUUUCGAAGGUUUGCAACUUUUUAUUUUGGAAACAAAUAAAAUCUAACGCAAUUUCUGUAUCAAAGACACGCCAAAUAAGAAUGACAUGAUCGUUUUACUAGAAUUAUGUAUAAUAAACAACAAAUAUUGAAAAAAAAGAAAACGAUCAAUUGUGGAAUGUAUGUAGAUACACAUCCAUAUGUACAUAUGUUAAUAAAAUUGCAACAA